GCAGGGAGCGUAGAACAACUUGUUGAUCUAAACUCAUUCAUGGACUUAAAGUUUAAUUUGUGAGUUUUGUGUUUUCUCUGCAGCGGCGUUUCAUGAGGUAAUGUAGGCCUGUCGGUAGACUAUAAUGUUAAUUCCAGUGGCAGCAUUAGCUUCAAGCCGCGCUAGUUUUGUUUUUAAACUUUAACCUAGCAUAGUCUUGCUAGCGGUUUGUCAGCCGACUGCUCCUCGCACAAAUUGUGGAAAAACCAUGAGGACGGAGGAGCAACUUUACAUGGAGGGAGAGCGGGGCGGCUCAUGCGUCUCCUUCAAUGGGGCGGUGUGUUUUGAAGUGUCUCUGUAGUCCGCUGUCAGGGGGGCAGCGGUCCGACCGGCGGGGAGGGACACGGCGGAGCGUCUGCUCCCGGCUGCCGUGCUGAAAACUGAACUCAAACCAGACGACUUUGUCUUGAUAAGAGGGGACUUACAUAGAUUAUGGUUUGGAAAGGCCUGCUGCUCGCUCGCCGCAAACAAAGGGAAUAACGUGCAUGUCAUUGCUGUGGUUGCAGUGAUUGGAAACAAACAUACAGUGAACAGUGAGCGACGGAGUCAAUAACUUGAAGUUGGACUUAUUAGCUCUGACUGUAUGGCCACAGAGUAGCGCUGCCCACGCGCGCCAGCGCAACUCUUCAAACGCACACUGUUCACACGCACGCGCCCUCUUUGUUGUGAAGUUUUCUCUCCGUUGAAAGUUUGACUUUUUAAUUCCAGUUAUUGUCUGUUUGAGUGGAUGUAUGAGUAUGGUGGAGAGUUGGAGUUGUGUCCAGAGGGAGGGGGUGUACCACUGGUUCAGCUCCCUCACAUCAGCCGAGAGAGCAGAGUUCCUGUGCGGCCUCCUGGACCUCUGCGUCCCCAUCGAGCUCCGCUUCCUCGGCUGCUGUCUGGAGGACUUGGCCCGCAAGGACUACCACUCCCUCCGGGAUGCGGAGAUCAAAGCCAACAACCCCGCCGACCUCUCGGGCCUUACCAACAUCACGGACGAGGUGGUGCGGAGCAAGCUGCUGGUAUCCCUCGCCCUGCUCGGCUCUGACAACAGGGAGGCUGCGGGUGUCCUGUACCGGACCCUGACUCACAUAGACUCGGUGAUCAAUAACUACGGUUUGGCCCUGAACGACGGGAGGACCGAGGAGCAGUUUCUUUUACUGUUCACCAUGGCCUCUCACCACCCUGCCUUCAGCUUCCACCAGAAGCAGGUGCUGAGGCAGCAGCUCGGCCACAUCCAGGACAUCCUGCAGGUGAGAGGGAGGCUUAAAGGGUUUACCUCAUCACCAGGAGACCAGCCCAGACUGCUUAUGAUCUUUUUGAAAAAUAAUUGA